UUGUCUAACUCAGACCUGUACAGACGCAGACAGGAGAGACCUGACAGCUAUGAAAGCAUAGCUAGUAACAGCCUCAGGUGGCAAUGGUGAUUAGAGUCAGCUGCUUCUUGACGAGGGGGCGGGGUCAGCUCCAAUCACCAAUUAGCCUGGGGUUGACCAAUCAGCUGGUUGGGGAGUACUUCCGGAAGCCAUCUCCUGAAACACACACUCAAAUACAAAACAGAACACAGAAACUGGGGAACGUAACACCAUUGCAAACCAUUUUUCAACAGAUAAAACGUUUUGCAAUGGAAUCAGACUAAUGAAUAUACCCCUAUCCUCACUGUUCCAACAAUACCAACCCAUAGGCAUGGGGAGGCAUGUUGAAAGGGAAAAAGAGAGGCUGUUUUUAAAACAAGGUCGCAAUUUUGGAAUAGAACAUCCCCAUUCUCUCUCAAUCUCUUCCUGCUCUCUUUCUCUCCAGGUUUCUACCUUCCCAUAGAGCGGCAGGUAGCCUAGAGGUUAGUGUUGGGCCAGUAACCAAAAGGUCGCUGGUUCAAAUACUUGCGCCGACAAUGUGAAAAAUCUGUCGAUCUGCCCUUGAGCAAGGCACUUAACCCUAAUUUGGUCCAGCGGCACCAUACUACUAUGGCUGACCCUGUAAAAAUACUAAUUUCACUGCACCUAUCCGGUGUGUGACAAUAACACUUUUUUCCCUCUCCUUCUGUCUCUCUACCCACCCUCCCCCUUUCUUUGCCCCUGAUCCUGCUGUAAUUAGAGGUCUGCAUCUCUCCCAAGGGUCAGACAUGUGUCAUAUCACAAACACACACACCAGCCUUCACUGCUAAACAUGAUGCACUGAAGUGCUUUAUCAGCAGAACUGAGCUAGUAACAGAACAUGAGGUCACCUGGUCUCUCUGCUGUGACAUCAUUGGUUGUAGUGGUGUGUUCCUGCUAUGUGUCCUUCACAUAUAACCCACAAACACACGGUUCACAUCCCAGGCUGCCACACAUCCUCCCAAACCCUCCUCCUUUCGCUCAGCCCUCAGCAGGAAAUGGAAAUCUGAAAUUAUGCCAGUAGGGCAGAGGGGCAGGGCUAAGGUUUUAUGGACCUUGGGAGCGAAAGCAAAACACGGAGGUUAAUGUGUGAGAUACAGUACACUUUGCACAAAAAUAACUAACAUGUCUAAAAAGAUCACCUACAUUCUACUUUCUUCCACUUUUCUGUGCCGUUGGUUUGAGGUGCACAGCUACAGGCUUUCCCCUUGUUGUGUAGCAUGUAAUGCCAAUACAGCCUUUACAUUUCUCCAUUAGGGGAGAGUGGGGUAAGUUGAGCCGCACUCGUUUCUAGGAAACCAUCCACCAAAUUAAUAAUUUGACCAAAUAUUUAUAAAGAGGUCAUUUCACGGACUAAGUUGAGCUUAUGGCAAGUUGAGCAAAUGUAAGUGUUUUCUUCACAGGUGUAAUGCUAGGAAUUAUCGCUGAGAUGAGGUAACAACGGCCUGGCCUAUGUUAAAAGUGUUUCAAAAAGUACAAAGUCUUUGUUAGGCAUUAAGCCUGUGUUGCUUAAAAUUAUUAAAAGACAAAAAAGCGAUUAUGUUGAAUUGUGUUUGGGAAAUAAAGAUAGAAAAAAAGUUAGUGGUAAUAUUUACAGUUGAAGUUUACAUACACCUUAGCCAAAUACAUUUAAACUCAGUUUUUCACAAUUCCUGACAUUUAAAUCUAGUAAAAAGUCCCUGUCUUAGGUCAGUUAGGAUCACCACUUUAUUUAAAAAUGUGAAAUGAGAGAAUGAUUUAUUUCAGCUUUUAUUUCUUUCAUCACAUUCCCAGUGGGUCAGAAGUUUACAUACAAUCAAUUUGUUUUUGGUGGCAUUGCCUUUAAAUUGUUUAACUUGGGUAAAAUGUUUCAAGUUCAAGCGUCCCACAAUAAGUUGGGUGAAUUGUGGCCCAUUACUCCUGACAGAGCUGGUGUAACUGAGUCAGGUGUGUAGGCCUCCUUGCUCGCACAAGCUUUUUCAGUUCUGCUGACAAAUGUUCUAUAGGAUUGAGGUCAGGGCUUUGUGAUGGCCACUCCAAUAACUUGACUUUGUUGUCCUUAAGCCAUUCUGCCACAACUUUGGAAGUAUGCUUGGGGUCAUUGUUCAUUUGGAAGACCCAUUUGCGACCAAGCUUUAACUUCCUGACUGAUGUCUUUGAGAUUUUGCUUCAAUAUAUCCACCUAAUUUUCCUUUCCUCAUGAUGCCAUCUAUUUUGUGAAGUGCACCAGACUCUCCUGCAGCAAAGCACCCCCACAACAUGAUGCUGCCACCCCCGUGCUUCACAGUUGGGAUGGUGUUCUUCGGCUUGCAAGCCUCCCCUUUUUUCCUCCAAACAUAACGGUGGUCAUUAUGGCCAAACAGUCCUAUUUUGGUUUCGUCAGACCAGAGGACAUUUCUCCAAAAAGUACGAUCUUUGUCCCCAUGUGCAGUUGCAAACCGUAGUCUGGCUUUUUUAUGGCGGUUUUGGAGCAGUGGCUUCUUCCUUGCUGAGCGGCCUUUCAGGUUAUGUUGAUAUAGGACUCGUUUUACUGUGGAUAUAGAUACUUUUGUACCUGUUUCCUGCAGCAUCUUCACAAGGUCCUUUACUGUUGUUCUGGGAUUAAUUUGCACUUUUGCACCAAAGCGCGUUUAUCUCUAGGAGACAGAACGCGUCUCCUUCCUGAGCGGUAUGAUGGCUGUGUGGUCCCAUGGUGUUUAGACUUGCGUACUAUUGUUUGUACAAAUGAACGUGGUACUUUCAGGUGUUUGGAAAUUGCUCCCAAGGAUGAACCAGACUUGUGGAGGUCUUGGCUGAUUUCUUUUGAUUAUCCCAUGAUGUCAAGCAAAGAGGCACUGAGUUUGAAGGUAGGCCGUGAAAUACAUCCACAGGUACACCUCCAACUGACUCAAAUGAUGUCAAUUAGCCUAUCAGAAGCUUGUGAAGACAUGACAUUUUCUGGAAUUUUCCAAGCUGUUUAAAGGAACAGUCAAUUUAGUGUAUGUAAACUUCUGACCCACUGGGAUUGUGAUACAGUGAAAUAAUCUGUCUGUAAACAAUUGUUGGAAAAAUGACUUGUGUCAUGAACAAAGUAGAUGUCCUAACAGACUUGCCAAAUUAACAAGAAAUCUGUGGAGUGGUUGAAAAACAAGUUUUAAUGACUCUAAGUGUAUGUAAACUUCCAACUUCAAACUGUAAUUCAAUACAGAAAUAUGUAGGUGGCUUAACUUACCCCAUACCCGGGGUAAGUUGUGCCAGAGACCACUUCUUUUUGGACAAGCUAUGUUUUUAGAACUGAAAUGUUUACAUGAAUUCUGAUUUAUUUCCAUGGAUACACAACAUCCUGAAAUAUAUGUAGAUAUCUUUGUUAGAAAGAAUACUAUAUUUCUCUUGAUGAAGUGAAGCUGAAUUUAAAAAAAUAUUGCUCAACUUACCCCACUCUCCCCUACCAUGGCUACUGUUGACACAGCCAGGGGAAGAGAGGGGUUUGUUUCGUUAUCAUUUUCCUUAGUGCUAGCAGCCUUAUUAGCCUGUAGCUCCAGUCUCAUCUGUGUACGGAGCCCUCGCUGAGACAUAACCGCCUCAGUUUUGUCUAGGAAACAUACCUGUCAAACUCAACGUUCGCCUCUGGCAGGGAGGGCAAAGUACACAGUUACAGUUGUGUUACAGUAUGGCUAUCACAACUAGACAAUAACUUUGGUUUAAGAAAUAAUUAGCCUGGAAGAUUCUUAGAGGAUUCCUUGGGAGCCAGGGUUUGUUAAGUGGCCUGGGCCAAUUGGGGAAAGAUUUUGAGUUUAUAGGGGGCCUUGGGAGAUCUGUGGCUGGGGUAGUUUGGGAUGGCCUGGCCUGGUGUUGCCAGGGAGUGUGUUUGACGGUAUGGCAUAACCCUGUCUCUGGCCCUGACCCAGGUGUGGCGUAUUCUGGUUGAGCAAUGAGACCUUGCAGCUGUGCUGUUGCACCAAUUUCUCACCAGCAGGAAAUACCAUCACCAUAGUGAUUUAUACUGCUAUUCGGUGUGACUUCGUAAUACCAUGCCUGUCUGACAACACAUCUGUAAAAUAAUGUAGGUCCUUUAUUCAUCCUACCAGUGCUGUGUGUGAUCCUGUGUUGUGUUGGCAAUCAGAGUAUUUACUCUAGAACUUGACAAACUAACCACAGAGAGACUGUUUGAAAUACUUUCCCCUUCAAAUACCUAACUAAGCCUCUGUCUAAACUGUUAUUCAUCAUGUAGCCACAGCCUGGGUUAGUUUAUAUAGCCCAGAGGAGAAAUGUUUAUAUUGGCUUUAAGAUCAGACUGUCCCUAUUCAGUCACAGCAAAGUCUUCCUUUGGCAUUAUCAGAUGGUUGUAUUAUUGUAUUGUCUAUGUAUUGAUGUUAAACACAUCUAAAGCUGCUUUUCUCAUCAUCACAACAACAAGAUGCAUUUUCUCACAGUGCAGUCUAAACCCCUGCAUCAUGUUAUGUUUCUUGUCACCUCUCUGUACUGGAGACCCCCAGGUGGCAGGGUUUCUCUCUGUACUGCAGACCCGCAGGUGGCAGGGUUUCUCUCUGUACUGCAGACCCCCAGGUGGCAGGGUUUCUCUCUGUACUGCAGACUCCCGGGUGGCAGGGUUUCUCUCUGUACUGCAGACCCCCAGGUGGCAGGGUUUCUCUCUGUACUGCAGACCCCCAGGUGGCAGGGUUUCUCUCUGUACUGCAGACCCCCAGGUGGCAGGGUUUCUCUCUGUACUGCAGACCCCCAGGUGGCAGGGUUUCUCUCUGUACUGCAGACCCCCAGGUGGCAGGGUUUCUCUCAGAUACUCAAGUAAUGUGCAUGGAUCUCAGGUUAGGAUUCAGGACAUUUAGUUGGUUUGUUAGACGGUUAGACACUGUUCUUCAAGCAUAUUUGUUUUGUAAAAUUUUCAGUGGACAUUUUUGAAAGUAGUCCUGGUGCAUAGAGUUGUAUGUUUUUUACAACUUUACAAUCAUUGGUUUUUGUUUGGAAUACCUUUUAAAGUGAAGAAUUGGAGUCUCAUCAUCAUUCUGUUACCAUGGCAUCUCUUUAGAGUCCUGCAAAGCCAUGUCCCAAUGCAGAGAAUGCACUCCAGAGCCACCCUGUCUGCUGGUGACAGUUGCUGAGGACAUUUUUAGGCCCUAGCCCCUCUGGGUGGCCUACUUAAUUAAAGGCUACUGGUGAGGCCACACACACAUACACUGAUAUCAAGUGAACACACAGACAUUUAUACAUUCGCACACAUCUUGGCUCACUUAAACAUUAACACUCACACACACUCUCCCAGUCUGAAUGUGUGUCAGUCAGAUACUGUAUUUGUUUACUCUCCCCUAUUGCCUCAGAACAGGCUGUACUACAGGCCCUGCACGCGCAUACCACAGGAGGUUGGUGGCACCUUAACUUCUUAGUGAUCCCUUCGCGCGCGGAUUGAUUUGACAACACCCAGUAAAAUAGCAGGGCGCCUAAUUCAAAAACAGAAAUACUCAUAAUAAUAAAUCAUACAUGUGUUAUACACCGUUUUAAAGAUUAACUUCUUGUUAAUCCAGCCACUGUGUCCUAUUUCAAAAAGGCUUUACGGCGAAAGCAAACCAUGCUAUUAUCUGAGGACAGCACCCCAUCAAACAUACACAUGAAAAUCAUAAUUCAACCCGCCAGGUACAACACAAAAGUCAGAAAUAACAUAUAAUUUAUGCCUUACCUUUGAAGAUCUUCUUCUGUUGGCACUCCAAUAUGUCCAUUAAACCUCAUAAAUGGUCCUUUUGUUCGAUUAAUUCUGUCGUUAUAUCCCCAAAAUGUCCAUUUAUUUGGCGUGUUUGAUUCUGAAAAUACACCGGUUCCAACUCGCGCAACAUGACUACAAAGUAUCUAAUAAGUUACCUGUAAACUUGAUCCAGACAUUUCAAUCAACUUUCCUAAUAAAACUUUAGGUAUUUUUUAACGUAAAUAAUUGAUCAAAUUUAAGACGGAAUAAACUGCGUUCAAUAGCGGAUAAAAACAAAGUGAAGCGUGCUUUCAGGUCACGCGCCUCUAACAAACAAUACACUUCACUCGACCCUCGUUCUGAACUGCCGUACUUCUUCAUUUCUCAAAGGAAAAACAUCAACCAAUUUCUAAAGACUGACAUCCAGUGGAAGCGAUAGGAACUGCAAGCAUGUGCCUUAGAAAUCUAGAUUCCCAUUGAAAACCCAUUGAAAAGAGAGUGAAAAACAAAUCCUGGAUGGUUUGUCCUCGGGGUUUUGCCUGCCAAAUAAGUUAUGUUAUACUCACAGACAUCAUUCAAACAGUUUUAGAAACCUCAGAGUGUUUUCUAUCCAAAUCUACUAAUAAUAUGCAUAUCCUAGCUUCUGGGCCUGAGUAGCAGGCAGUUUAGUUUGGGCACACUUUUCAUCCGGAUGUGAAAAUAGUGCCCCCUAGCCUUAAGAAGUUUUAAUUGGGGAGGACGUGCUUGUGGUUAUGACUGGAACGGAAUUAGUGGAAGGGUAUCAAUGGUUUCCAUGUGUUUGAUGCCAUUCCAUUCACUCUGUUCCAGACAUAAUGAGCCUUCUUCCUCUCAGCAGCCUCCACUGGCGCACACACACACUGAUAUACACAGGGCGAGAUAUCAUGUAAAUCUAAGCUCCAGUUCUGACAGGAUCUACAGCCUGUGAACAGCUUUAGUAGAGUGGAUCUGGCAGAAUCUACGAUCACAACCCCCAUGCACCCCCGUGCAACUCAUAGCAACCUCUCUCUCUCUAAUAAUAAACCUCCAUUUGGGCUCCCGGCUCCUCCAUGUUGCUCAUAUGGGCUUCAUGGGAAAUGCAGUGAUUUGGCCCGUUGGAUGCUUUCUCUCUCUGUCCCUUUUCUUUCUCUCUCAUUUUCCUCUCGCCAUUUUUCUGUCUCCCUCUCUCAGAAAAAGUCAGCGAGCGAGACGCUUCACCUGUUGUUGUGGAAUGUAAACUGUGUAGUCAGGAAUAGGCUAGGGCCUGAACGACAGAGACAUGACCACAUGGAAACACUCCUCUCUACUCCUCUCCUCAGUAUAAUCCGUAUGCUGUAAUCAGGGUGGCAGCUUAGUGUUUCCUGUUUUGGUCCUGCCCUCUGUCCCAUUGUCCUGUCAGUCAACACCAGUAGUUCCCAGUCUGUUUCCUAUGACCAUUUUAAUCCACUCUUUAUCUAGAUCAGUGGUGAGAAUAGAAGGACCCAUGUUGUGUAUGAGUCUGAACCUGCUAGCAGUAAGUCCCACACCAGCCGCUCUCACCAGGGACAGGAAGGAGGGUAAAGCUGGCCCCCCACAUACACUGGGGCUUGCGUCGGCUGCCAGAACCUGGUUUGGAGAUGAGACUUUCCCGGGCAUCUAUUUGUAGAAUAAUGGAAACACGCAGGAGAUUGGAAUAGCAGAGAGGAAUGCCCCUGCCCUCCUGGUUUAUGGUCUGACACUCUGUGGAGACACACAUGUCCACAGUGCUCCAUGCUAGAGCGACACAGGCUUACUACACACAGCAUUGAGAUUUGGAGCUGGGACACUGCCUUGGUUUUAAAGUAAUUGAAGAGGUUUUCAGCUGGACAAAUAGUUUUUCUUACAGAGGAUGAAUAGUGUCUCCAGUAGAUUUCUUCUCCUGACCAUUUGGUGGUGUAGGAGUGUCAUUCAUUUAAGGAGGGGCAGUCAGAGCUGUAAGAUGUGAUGAAUUUAGCCACAUAAACAACUAUUAAUCACUCUGAUGGCAUAGAGCAGAUAGUAAUAACAAUAAUAAUGAUAAUACUUUACAUUUUUCUACGUGUUUAUUCACUAGAUUAGAAAUGGCAGAGAUUACUUAUCUGUUCAUAAUGUUUUCAUAUGGCAGAGCUCAUUUUUCAUUCCUUAAUCUCCCUUGAGCAAAACACUGAGUUGCUGAACUCAGCCUGUAGCGUUUCUGACUCGGAUCCAUGUGGUGAGCCAAACCAUCUGUAUCUCUCCUGGAACUGUGAAAUCACAAUGUAUCUCUAUAGGUGACAAUGUACAGAGAGAAUGUGUGUGUUACGACCGGCCAUUGCGUGAACCGUGUCAAUGAAAGGAAUUGCAGGACCACGUUGUCUCAUGCGAACGUUGAGGGACAUUUAUUACAAAUCCAUGGCCCUCAGGCUGAAAAUAACACACAUUGUACUGGUGGCAAUAAGUACUAUGUGAACCCAGGAGACCUGAAGCCCCACCCCAUAGCACCCAAUUAUAUAUAUAUAAUCAAUCUAUCUAUCUAUCUUCCCCUCGGUCACAGGUUCAGCUCAUCACCUGUGAUCAGAAAUCCAGGGAGAAAAGAGAGGGAACAGAGGAGAACAAAUGAAUACACAAGAUAAUAACAUAACUCCCAUUCAUUCUUAUUUAAGAAGAACAGAUCAGGGUGUAAUGAUGAAAGUAUGCAUAUAACUGUAUGUUGAUGAAAUAUGGAUUAUGAUACCAAUUUAGCUACUGACCAGUGGAAUAAAGGAUAAACACUUAAUAAUAUGCAUUCAUACAUCAACUCAUACUCUGCCCCCUUUUAGAUAGAGCUGACAGGCACCCCGUGAAGCCUCCCCUUCACUGUGUGUGGGUGUGUGUCCAGUCACAUCUGCCUGCUCUAGUCCACUGGCUGGGUGGGCUCUUAGUUUGAAAGAUACACCCCUUAACGGAGAGAGGAAGGGUGACACAGAGAGGUAGGGCAAGAGAGAGAGCGUCUAGAGACAGGGUGUGUGAGAGAGUUGAGGGAGGGUGAAAGGGAAUGAGAGAGUGUGAGCAAGGGAGAGAAAAAGAGGGAGGUAGAUCAGGGAUCUGUGUGAAGUCAGGUCAGUCAGUCUCCUUCUCAGUCUGUGCUGCUCAGACCAUCUCUCUGGAUUAGUAAUCCUGCCCUUUGGAUUGGAUUGUUCUAGGAGUGUUUGGGAAAGAGCCUGUAUUUGAAGAAUAGGCCUGGGGCAGGGUGUCUUGGACUGGGAGCGUGUACUGACUAGUAUUUGGACUACCGAGUCGUGUCCUAUGGAGGUUCAGGUCCAGAGUCGGCCGCUGCCACCCACCAUCCCGGAGAAUGGGGCGGCCCCUGACCCUGAACCCCACACUGUUAACGGUCAUCGUCAUGCCAACAGUGGGGAGGCAGAGCUGCCUGUCUCCAAGUCUCAGAGGAGACGAAGCGAUGUCAAAGUCUACAAGGAGUUCUGUGACUUCUACGCACGCUUCAACAUGGCCAAUGCCCUGGCCAAUGCGAUGUGUGAGCGCUGUAAGAGUGGCUUUGCCCCGGCAGAGAAGAUCGUCAACAGCAACGGGGAGCUGUACCAUGAGGGGUGCUUCGUAUGUGCUCAGUGCUUCCAGCAGUUCCCCGAAGGUCUCUUCUAUGAGUUUGAGGGCAGGAAGUACUGCGAGCACGACUUCCAGAUGUUGUUUGCUCCCUGCUGCCACCAAUGUGGGGAGUUUAUCAUUGGUCGUGUGAUUAAGGCGAUGAACAACAGUUGGCACCCUGACUGUUUCUGCUGUGACCUCUGCCAGGCCGUACUGGCUGACGUGGGCUUCGUCAAGAACGCCGGCAGACACCUGUGUCGCCCGUGUCAUAACCGUGAGAAGGCCCGUGGUCUGGGGAAGUACAUCUGUCAGAAGUGCCACGCUAUCAUCGAGGAGCAGCCGCUGCUGUUCAAGAACGACCCCUACCACCCCGAUCACUUCAACUGCAACAACUGCGGUAAGGAGCUGACUGCUGAUGCCAGGGAGCUGAAAGGAGAGCUGUACUGCCUGCCCUGCCAUGACAAGAUGGGUGUUCCCAUCUGUGGCGCUUGCAGGAGACCCAUCGAGGGCCGCGUGGUCAAUGCCAUGGGCAAGCAGUGGCACGUCGAGCAUUUUGUGUGUGCUAAGUGUGAGAAACCCUUCCUGGGCCAUCGCCACUACGAACGCAAAGGACUGGCCUACUGUGAGACUCACUACAACCAGCUCUUUGGAGAUGUCUGCUACCACUGCAACCGUGUCAUUGAGGGUGAUGUGGUGUCAGCCCUGAACAAGGCAUGGUGUGUCAACUGCUUCGCCUGCUCCACCUGCAACACCAAGCUCACCCUAAAGGAUAAGUUUGUAGAGGUGGAUCUGAAGCCUGUGUGUAAACACUGCUACGAGCGCCUGCCAGACGACAUGAAGCGCCGUCUUGCCAAACAAGAAAAAGAAAAGAAGAAGAAAAUGCCCAUGAACAAGUUUGUGGAGUUUGACAUGAAGCCGGUGUGUAAGAAGUGUUACGAGAAGUUUCCUCUGGAACUUAAGAAGAGGCUGAAGAAGCUGGCGGAGACAGUGGCCCGGAAGUAGACCGAGACAGACCCAGACAGACAGACAGACCCAGACAGACAGACAGACCCAGACAGACAGACAGUCCCAGACAGACAGACAGACCCAGACAGACCCAGACAGACCCAGACAGACAGACCCAGACAGACCCAGACAGACAGACCCAGACAGACAGACCCAGACAGACAGACCCAGACAGACAGACCCAGACAGGCAGACCCAGACAGACAGACAGACAGACAGACCCAGACAGACAGACAGACCCAGACAGACAGACAGACCCAGACAGACAGACAGACAGACCCAGACAGACAGACAGACAGACCCAGACAGACAGACCCAGACAGACAGACCCAGACAGACAGACCCAGACAGGCAGACCCAGACAGACAGACAGACCCAGACAGACAGACCCAGACAGACAGACCCAGACAGACAGACCCAGACAGACAGACAGACCCAGACAGACAGACCCAGACAGACAGACAGACCCAGACAGACAGACCCAGACAGACAGACCCAGACAGACAGACCCAGACAGACAGACCCAGACAGACAGACAGAACCAGACAGACCCAGACAGACAGACCCAGACCGACCCAGACAGACAGACCGACCCAGACAGACAGACAGACCGACCCAGACAGACAGACAGACAGACCGACCCAGACAGACAGACAGACAGACCGACCCAGACAGACAGACCGACCCAGACAGACAGACAGACCCAGACAGACAGACCGACCCAGACAGACAGACCCAGACAGACAGACUGACCCAGACAGACAGACAGACUGACCCAGACAGACAGACUGACAGACAGACAGACUGACCCAGGCAGACAGACAGACAGACUGACCCAGGCAGACAGACUGACCCAGGCAGACAGACUGACCCAGGCAGACAGACUGACCCAGACAGACAGACUGACCCAGACAGACAGACAGACUGACCCAGACAGACAGACAGACUGACCCAGGCAGACAGACAGACAGACUGACCCAGGCAGACAGACAGACAGACUGACCCAGGCAGACAGACUGACCCAGGCAGACAGACUGACCCAGGCAGACAGACUGACCCAGGCAGACAGACUGACCCAGGCAGACAGACUGACCCAGACAGACAGACAGACUGACCCAGACAGACAGACAGACUGACCCAGACAGACAGACAGACUGACCCAGACAGACAGACAGACUGACCCAGACAGACAGACAGACUGACCCAGACAGACAGACAGACAGACUGACUGACCCAGACAGACAGACAGACUGACCCAGACAGACAGACAGACAGACUGACCCAGACAGACAGACAGACAGACUGACCCAGACAGACAGACUGACCCAGACAGACAGACUGACCCAGACAGACAGACAGACAGACUGACCCAGACAGACAGACUGACCCAGACAGCUAGAAUGGACAAAAGUGAUAUCAUCAGAAUGUUUGAGCAACCACAUGGGCUAUUUGUUCUUGAUGUAAGGUUAGGGAUUAGGGUUAAGGUUAUGUUGUUGAUGAAUCACAUUUGCAGUUUCCUUCAAUCUUUUCAUGCUUGGCCAAAUAGUGACAACCCAUGAGCAGAGAGACCGACAGUACACAAAGAAGAGUCCUCGCCAAAUCAGUGCCUUUGCCUAAAGACAUAUUCAUAUUAUAUUCAUAUUUAUCCUUGAGAUGCUUAUCUCAUAUAUUUAAUUGUUAUUUUAACUUAAAAUUUCACUUCAAAACCCAACUUGUUUAUUUAAGUAUGCAUCAGUGUCCUGGUAUUUCAUCAUAAGAAUAAAGAGUAUUAAUAAGGUUGUUACUGCCAGUGUGCUGGUCUGUUUCUGCCUUAGCCAACUACUUUAUCAUUGUCAUGCCAAACAAGUAGAAACAGACAGACACCUGGGCUAUGUUACUGAUGCUACUCUCAAUCACAUUACUGUGCAGCAGAACUGGGUUGAAUAUAAGAGUACCAGUCAAAGGUUUGGACACACCUACUCAUUCCAUGGUUUUUCUUUAUUUGUACUAUUUUCUACAUUGUAGAUUAAUAGUAAAGUAAUCAGCACUGAAAUAACACAUGGAAUUAUGUAGUAACCAAAAAAGUGUUAAACAAAUCAAAAUAUAUUUGAGAUUCUUCAAAGUAGCCACCCUUUGCCUUAAUGGCAGCUUUGCACACUCUUGACAUUCUCACAGCCAGCUUCAUGAGGAAUGCUUUUCCAACAGUCUUAAAGGAGUUGCAUGGUAAAACGUAAUGAUUGGAAUUAUGCCAAAAUGUCAAACUCUUGCCACCCUGCAUACCGGUAAGCUAAAUCAAGAACAUGCCAAGUAUUUGAAAGUAUCUAAUGUAUGUACAGUGCUUUUUGAGCCAGAUCUGCUAGACAGCUUCUUGAGCAAGAGAUUAGCCUCCAUCCCAGCAGUUGAGGUCAUAUAGAGACAAGUCAUAUUCGUACCAGAGGUUUGUGUACAUUUUUCAGGAUGUAUUGAAAUAUUAUUCAAAGGUGUCACCUUAUUCAGUACUAUGUGUAUGCAUAUCUCAUAUAUAGCUUUUUGUGUGUCCACAACAUUGAGUGUGGUGUUAUAUUGUUCUAUUCAUAUUAUUUCACAAUUGUCACAUUUCCUUUUGCUUUUAUCACACAGACAGUAAAAAUGUAAGACAUUAUGUCACUGAAGGGUGUUUUGUAAACUGUUGGAUAACAGAUGUUUGUACGUUUUUGACAGUAUUUUCAGAAUAAACAUAACCCACUUUUAUCAACAGUAAUGGAAUCAAAUAAUAUCUGGAAAUACUUUUCUCCAUUCUUUACAUGUCAUGCAUUACACUGUUUUUUUUAAAGGUGGGAAAAAACAUAACAGAUACAAACAAUUCCAUUGAUUUAGGAUCUGCUUAUAACUGCAAUGUUAAUUUUUCCUUUUACUUUAGAUGAAAGUGCAUGUAUGAGUACUGUAAGAUGUGUGAAUGUGUGUUUUUCCUAGGUGUAUAAGCUCAGUUAUCCUCUUAUGGCAGUGUGACUUCUAUCUAGAUGCUCAUAGGAAGUAGAGAACUGCCAGUUAGAGAGAAAAGCAUCAUAUCCUUGUUGAAAACAUGAACUUUGUUGAGUUUUAGUUUGGCGCCGUGUUAAACUUUAUUUGGAAGAAAUGUGUUUUGCAUAGAGUGAUACAAUUUCACAUUCCACUGCUAAAUGGGAAUUUUAAAACCAUAUGUUAUUCCUCUGCCGUACUACAAUAUAAUAUGCCAUGCUACAUUCAAAGCCUUGAUUAGUGUUCGCCUUAUGCAUGUUACUUUAAUUUUGGUUUGUUUCUAGAUGUCAUCAUAUUCAACUUAUUGACUUCUGAAUAAUAAAAAAUCCUUCUAAAUGUU